GGCUAAGAAAAUGGAUGGAUGGAUGGACUGUGCAUUGUUUGGACACUCUGAUUUAAUGGUCACGUUGUUCAAACCGCACUACGUUACGCUUAUUGACGUGCGAACCUUAUUAUCCGCCCUGACGAGAUCACGCCGGCACACGCCAGAUGAUUUAUCAAGCGCUAAGUGCACGUCGCAUUAGCCAAUGAGCGGCCGGCGAUGUGUGUUGUGCGGCUGCUGUGCUGGGCUGCUACGAGCGAGUUUAAGCAGCUAGUAUGGCGGAGGAGGGCACUUUGCUCGACUUGGAGGGUCUAGGCAAACAAUUACAGUCACUCGUAAGCUCUUAUUCAAGUGACGAGUUGCGGGGGGACAGCAAAACGUUCUGCUCGGACUAUUGUAAGCUGGUAGAAGAGUACACCUCUCGCUGGCAGACGCCACUCCCUCAACUCAGGAUCCUUGAGACAGCGCUGUGCCUCUUCACUCGGGCCUCAUCCUCCUUCCCAUCAAGCUGCGAUCACGUACUUCACACACUCAGUAGUUUGGCCUUGAGUGUUUUUGAGUUGCUGCUUUUCUUUGACGAGCAGGACUUCCACAAAGACCCAUUGAAACACUUCUCUGUUAAAUUCCAGGAAUGUCAUUUUGCCCUUGAAAGGCAUCAGAAUGUUCACUUACUUCAGGUUGAGCCUUUGGUUCGUGCAGGAGGCGCUUGGGCCAGUACAACCUUGAAGGAAAUACUCAGGGAAUCCAGUUUACCUCAGAAUGAAGUGGACAGGUUCCUCAGCUCCGAGCUGCCAGUAUUCUUGGAGCUACGGGUGCGCUACCUUAUAUCUUGUGAGCGUGUCAGUGAGGCUUUAGCCCUGGCUAAGUGUUGUAUUCGUCAUCCGACGGCAGGGAAACACUUCUUCUUCCUCCAGGUUUACCUCACAUGGCUUUACAAGACACAGCGUGAUCAGCUGCUUAAAGAGGUGGUUGACCUUAGCGGUAAAGAUGCAGUACACAUCAUUGUUAGUUUAGAGUAUGAGGAAACAAACGAUCUGCUUUUAGCCCUGUGCCAGGUGUUCCUUUCCCAACAACUUGGCAGGGGUGACAUGUACUAUUUAUGGGAGCUUGUUUUUGUGUGGAGCAAACUUCACAAUCGGCUGAAUACUUCCAAACAAGCUUUUCUUGAGGAAAGUCGUCGGCUAAUGCUGUCUGCUACCAAUGUCUAUUCAAUUUUCCCAUUUGUCAGAGUUGUAAUACAAGAGCUGGGUGGAGAUGGGGUCCAAUUUUGUGUGGAGCUUUGUGCAGAUGCCUUGAAAUCUUGUCUCCCGUGUGAUGUUAUCACCAAGUCGCUGAUUUGUAAAACUAUUGCUGGCCUGCUUCCCAACGAUCUGGAAGUGUGUCGGGCAUGUGCGCUCAUCGUCUUUUUCUUGGAACGUACUGUGGAAGCCUACAAGAUGGUGUAUUCGCUCUAUAUGCUUCCAGAUCAGGACUACCACGUCGAGCAUAGCCCCAUCAGAAAUCAAAUCAGAUUUGAAACACUGCAGGUCUUGAAGAAAGACCUUUACUUUGACCCAGAGUUUUGGAAUCUCAUUGCUUUGCAGACCAAUUGUUUGAAACUGAUGAGUGAGAAAGUGGUUGAUGCUGCCCUUAAAGAAAUCAUGGAGGAAACAUGGGUCCCAAACUACUGUGCGAAAGAGAUUUCAUUUGUGCAAAGCACGUCAACAGGAGAGGAUGACAAAGGAACGGCAAAAAAGCCCCAUCAUAAUUAUGGCAGACAUAAAGAAAUUAGCACUGUGGAGGCGCCCAAAAAACUUAAGUUGGACCAAGGCAAAACGCGACUGAAUGAUGGCAACGCUGUGAAAAAAAAGGGCAACCACAGGUCAAAAUUUACAAAGGAAGCAUCUCAACCUUUAAGGCGCUCAUUUUGGCAGCUUGACAGGAUACAUGACAGAGGGUCUGGGCAACUAAGACGAGUUACCCGACUGUCUGAAAAAGAUCCUCCAAAACGGAGGAUUCAAAAACCCAAAUGGCUACUGGAAGAUUCUGGUAAUCUGCAAGAGUCAAAUCUUAGGAAACAUGGUUUGAAACAUCGAAGGGUCCAUCAGUCGUCUGCCUUGAAGAGGUCGGAAAUUGUUCAGCUCCAGAACAGCACACAACCCAAGGUGGCUCAAAACUCUUGUACCAAGCAUGAGAAAGAAUUUCCUUUGGAAUCUAUAGAACCAGCUUCUGCUCCACAAGUAAUUCUGGAGCUGUCGCUACCAGACAAUGAGCUGAUGGGAACGUUCAUUGACGAUUGCAACAGACAGAAAGUCUGUCCUCCAAUGCUCUUUUAUAAACCAACACUAAAGCUUCCUGACCCCUCCCAUCCUGUAAAGGUGUUGCAUGGAAAAGAGGUCAUCCUAAGAGCAAGGGAUGCAACUAUGCUUGUGCAGCUCUUGCACUGUUAUGCUCGCAGGCCCAAAGGAAAGGGUAAUGGGUCAAAUAUUCAUGGAUCCGUAUCAACAAUCACACGCUCUUCUGCUCAUGGGAGUCCCCCCAAAGAGCCACUGAGAGGGCUUUGUGAGAAACCUAAUGCUGAGACAAGGGGUGGUGUAAACUCUGACGAUGCAGUUGCGACUGAACGUCCAGAACCAUCAGUCUCAGUUUUACAGUUGUCAGCAAAAGAGCUCCUAGAAAAGACAGAUAUUAAAAAAGCGGCUCCUUUGAACAAAUUAGUUAUAUUAAAAGGAACAGAAACUCAAAUUGUAGGUAAAAAUCCUCAUUCUCAAAGCACAGACAAAGUCCAUACCACAGUUAAAUCCCUAGAACUCUGUGAAGAACCUUCUGUUGAAAUGGUGACUUUUGCUUCACAAAGCCCAGCAGUAGGGAAAGUCACGCAACAGCCAACCACAGCUUCCACUGAGUUUUCUCAGACCUUUAAUACACAAAGCAGUCAAAUAGAAGCUACUGAAUACAACUUGCCAGUGUCCAGUACAUUAACUAAUGAAAACCCCGACUCUCCAUGUCACAUGCCUCUCCAAGUUAGACAAGCUCUUGUAGAUACAGAUGGGGAACAACAGCCAAAACCACUUAUGUCUCAUUCUGAAAAUGACAAAAAAUGUAUUGACAAGGCCAAAGAUGUUUUGAGGGGUACACAACACGAACAUUCUAACCAUAUUAAUGAUAUUUCAGCCUUGGUAACAGAGAGAGUCACUCAGUUUCCUCCUCUUGAACUUCAAGACAUGGAGAAUCACAAACAACCAGCAGACACUCGCUCCAAGGAAUCAGUGCUUCACAAUGAAAGCAAUAUUGCAAAUUCCUCCAGUCAUACAGUGCCAGAACCCGCAACCACUGCAUAUAUGCAAAGAAAUGAACAAAAAAGGCCAGCCGUUGACUGUGUUGGUAACUUUGAGGACAAUGAAAUGAUAGACACACAGGAAUCCUACUUGGAGUAUUGCUGUACUACUGAUCUUCCUCGAGCCAUGGAGAAUUACAAACAGCCUACAGACACUCGCUCCAAGGUAUCAGGGCUUCAAAAUAAAAGCAGUGUUGCAAAUGCCUCGAGUCAUGCAGUGCCACAACCAGCAACCACUGCAUAUAUGCAAGAAGAUGAACAAGAAAGGUCAGCUGUUGAUGACGACUUUGAGGGCAACGAAACAAUAGAAACAGAGGAAUCAAAAUUGGAGUAUUACUGCACUGCUGAACUUCCUCGAGCCAUGGAGUGUCACAAACAACCUAUAGACGCUCACUCUAAGGAAUUAGUGCUUCAAAAUAAAAGCAAUGUUGCAAAUGCCUCCAGUCAUUCUGUGCCAGAACCAGCAACCACCGAAUAUUUGCAAGGAAAUGAACAAGAAAAGUCAGCCGUUGAUGACGACGAAACGAUAGAAAAAGAGGAAUCCAAAUUGGAGUAUUGCUGUAAUGCGGAACUUCCUCGAGACAUAGAGAAUCCCAAACAACCUACACACAUUCACGCCAAGGAAUCAGUGCUUCAAAAUAAAUGGGAUGUUGCAAAUCCCUCGAGUCAUGAAGUGCCAGAACCAGCAAUCACUGCAUAUAUGCAAGGAAAUGAACAAGCAAGGUCAGCCGCUGAUGACUGUGAUGAUGAUUUUGAGGAUGAUGAAACAGUAGAAACGGAGGAAUCCAAAUUGGAGUACUGCUGUACUUUUUGUCAGAAAGACUUUAAGGGCAGACGUGUGGUAAUACAUGCUAUGUUCCAUUUCCGUAAGGAUGAGUGUAUGUUUUGUGGGACUAUGUUCAAAGAUGACCUCCUGGCCAUGAUGCACCUCUCUGAUCAUAUUGAGAAGCUCAAAAGAAGUAAGGAGUUAGCCAGUAACAAAGCACAACAAGAGUGUGUGUCAGAAACCAAAGAUUUAUCCCAAUCCAAGACCUCUGCCAAAGAUAAUUCUCCCAACAGGCUGUCUGACCAUCACAUGAGUAGGAGGCUGAGGAAGUCCUCAAUCUGCAAUAAAUCUGUUAGCCAUCCAGAGGCACACUUACUAUUAAAAUCCAGAAAUUUACGAUCAAAUGACAAGCCAGUUGAUGGUUGCUUUGUACAUAAAAACUUACAAAAUGAGUGCAAUGACAGCAAAUUUUCUGAAAGCAAGGUAAAUGGACAUAUUGGCAAAAACAAUCAACUUGACCAAAUAAAACAGGCCACUUCAAAAGCUGAAGACAAGCAGAGACAUCCUCCACACAUCACUAUUAAAGACAAAGCAUGCAACCCCAAGGUGAAUCAUGUGAUGCCCAAAUCUUGUGAGUCCUUUGCAUCAUCGGUACAGAAGAGGAAACGCAUUGAAUGUUCUCAGGAUGGUGUAAUUAAGGACAGGAAAAAGGUUAAUCAGGAGAAAAGGGUAGAGCCUAUAGAGAAAGUUGACUGUCCAGCAGAUGGCUGUACUUGGUCUGCAGACCUUUGUAAAAACCGUGUUGCACUCCUCUACCAUGCUCUGGAGCAACACUACGGUGACACGAAACCUUUAGAGCUGUCAUUUAAAGUGGCAAACAACAAAUGCAGUAUUUGUAUGAGGGUUUUAUGGAGUUUUGAACAUUUUCAGCAUCAUGUGGAAAGACAUUGGCUCAGUCCUCGGCAUCCCUGCCUUCAUCUGGGUUGUACUGCCAGGUUCAAAACCGGAAAUGAAAUGAGACGUCAUGCCAGAAAACACACUCCACUGCAGGCUGUGUGCUGCUUGCCUGGUUGUUCUGAACUUUUUAUUUGUCUCUGGGCAUUGAACCUACAUGAAAGAGAGCACUAUGCUUCCAAAUCUACCAAGCCCAAGCCAGUAAAGACUGUGGACCUGCAGAAGGAUGAUAAACCAAACAGCAUGCAGGUAAAAGCUAGAAUCUCUGCUAUGAAAGGGACUUUGAGCCAGCCGACUCGUAAAUUCAGGGGGCAUGCAUCUCAUGACUCAACAGCAAAAUUCGUCAGUAAACCUCCUCCCAGUGUAAAAACAUUUCUCAAAGAAGAGUUGAAAACAAGAAAUGAGUCCAAGCAUUCAAACCUUUUAAAGAAUCUCUGCAGCAAGGACACUACCACACUAUCAAGUAAUUAUAGUUUGAAUCUAAGGUUAAGAAAAGGUCAAACAAUGAAGACCAAUCUGGUGGCUGCCAAAAGUCUGGAAUUACCGUUCUUUAGACGCGGGGGCAAAUUGAGGCAUAAGUUCAAGAAAAAGCAGGUCAAUGUGAACCAAAAUGAAAUGGUCCCAAAAAGAAGAGGCCGUCCACGAAAGUCAAAAAAAGCAACGCAUGACAACAACACGACUAAGAGCCGAAAGAUUCAAAGUUUAAAGAGUGAAACUCUACAGCCUGAGACAGCAGAGCCUCCAACGAUUAGCAACAAGUUAGAAAUUAAAGAAAAGCCCAAGCAUGUCAAUGAUGCUGGCAAGAUGACAGAAAUACCACACCAUAGUUUAAAGUCCAAAAGAUCAGUGAGUAAGAACACAAGGAGCGAUCGUGUUGAACAAAAGAUGUCCUCUGACAGACGCUCCCCUCUAACUGUGGCUUCUCGGAGUUCAGUCGUUCCUGCGCAUAAAUUAAGUGCUGCUAAUUUGACAAGGUGCAGUGCUUCAAAAGACAGUGACUCUUUAGGUCCCAAUAGGACAAAGAAGAAAAUGGUUACGCCAAUAAAAAGUCCUCACAGAGAGUCUGGAUUGCCAGCAGCUUCAAGGGACCCUGCAAAGUCAACAUGUAUUGAUGUACCCCAGAGGUCUGACGAUGACAAGGAAAAGGUUGAGAAAACACGUUCAUCCCAAGGUAACCCUGCUGAUUAUGUUCCUUCUGCCACUGCAGUGAACAUGAAGAAGAGUCUAAUUAGAAAUAAGAAAAUAGAAAAGACACUUCAUUGGCAGAAUGGUAAAAAGAAAGUCAUGAAGAAAAAGUUAACUGAAGAACCUUCAGAUGGGACUAGUGAUGGCUCUAGUUCCGCCACGUCCAAUUUAAGGAGAACGUCAGAGGAAGAACCUUCUGACGUGACUAUUGAUGGCUCCAGUUCCACCAUGUCCAAUUUAAAGAGAAACUCAAAGCAAGAACCUUCAGAUGUGACUAGUGAUGGCUCCAGGCCCACCAUGUCCAAUUUAAAGAGAAACUCAAAGCAAGAACCUUCAGAUGUGGCUAGGGAUGGCUCCAGUUCCACUACGUCCAAUUUAAGGAGAACGUCAGAGGAAGAACCUUCAGACGUGACUAGUGAUGGCUCCAGUUCCACCAUGUCCAAUUUAAAGAGAAAGUCAAAGGAAGAACCUUCAGACAUGACUCGUGAUGGUUCCAGUUCCACCACAUCCAAUUUGAAGAGAGAGUCAAAGGAAGAACCUUCAGACAUGACUCGUGAUGCUUCCAGUUCCACCACGUCCAAUUCGAAGAGAAAGUCAAAGGAAGAACCUUCAGACAUGACUCGUGAUGGUUCCAGUUCCACCACAUCCAAUUUGAAAAGAGAGUCAAAGGAAGAACCUUCAGACGUGACUCAUGAUGGUUCCAGUUCCACCACGUCAACCGUUCAGGCUGAACACCCAGGACAUGAACCUACUUCAAAGUCAAAGGAUGUGGAGGUUAGGAGGAACAAAGCUACCAAAGGAAUUAAAAAAGGAGAUAUAAAGACGAGCAAGAAAAGACCACAUCCAGAUCAAAGGACUUCGACUAAAGUAGCAACUGAAUCUAAACCUGAAGCUCCAAACAGCAGUGAAGUGAAGGCCAGACAAGUGGACAACUGUGUUGGAGAGAAGGUACACACAAACAAAACAUCUGAAUGUGCCAAAGGUAGACGCGGUCACAGUCUGAAGUCAAGGUUAGCAAAAAAGUAUGACAGAUCCACAUUGUGCAUGGACACACUGGCCGAGUACGGAAAGAAGCACAUCCGUGCGCCUCCCACGGCCUACCUCGACGAGAAGUUCACCACCAUGCCCAAAAGAAGGAAGGAGGCGGCGUUACCAUACGACAUGACCGCCUGGCCCGAGGAGGUGCUCGUCGUUGCCGCUCCACAGAGACAGCGGUGUGCAAAUUGCUUCACCACUUUCAACAGUGCAGAGGAGCUACACAGUCACCGCCAACUCCAGCGCUGCUCCAGCCUCUUUGGCUUUGACUCUGAUGACGAGGGUAAAAGUUGAAUGACUUGACCUGAAUCCAAUUUGAGUGGACCUUGUGGAAGCAGAACUGACUGGCCUGUUGACCUAAUUAGAACGGUGGUUGGAUGAUGGUUCACCGGAGCUCUUCAGGACUUAAUAAUGUAUAUAGACGUUGAUGUACAGACCAAAAGCGUUACAAUGGUGACAUUUGUUAAUAAAGCCGAGGAGGUAACCAGUGAGUGAAAGGCCUACAGCAGCCCAGUCAUUUUUGAUGAACAGUUCGUACUGAAGUGCCUGCUCUGGAUCCACAGUUUCCAGCUGCUUCAUCUGUGUCAUUACGGACUCUUGACACAUGGCCAGAACUGCCGCAAGGAUACUCUUUCCCCAUCAGUAAGCCAUAAAAAGAGGAUUUGUUUGCAUUUGCACACUUAUAAUCUACAGGUUCAUGCUAUUUUAACAUCUUAGAAUGAAAUGCAAGUUUAAUUUUCAACUAUUCUCGUGAUCUGUUUUUGGAGCUGCCAGUAGAGGUCAGUGUGCAACUCAACCUUGCGUGGCUGCAGUCUUACCCCAACCUAAGUUCUUUUUUUGCAGGUUUGCUUCACAGCGCAGGUCGUUUCAGAAAUACUACUUCAUUGAACAGGCCUGUGUGUGCUAUAAACAUUACCCUGUUGUCUUUCAGCCUUCCUUCAACGAAUAAGAAAGUUACCGCAGUUUUAACUGUUUGCAGGAAGCUGCAGCAGGUUCUAUUUAUUUUAUAUUGUAAAUAUUAGAGAGUUUCAAUUGCUUACGUCAGGGUUGGUAGGAGCGCAGUUUAUAUUUGUUUUUUGAGAAAAUAAAACUUAUUUCACGUUA